GAGAGAGAGAGAGAAACUCUCUUGAGUUUUAGCAGUCUUUGGCAUAGAUCGACAUGAUCAGUUGGAUUAUGGCAGCAGGAGAUUCAUCAAGUGGUUCACUCGAAUAUACACCAACAUGGGCACUUGCCACUGUUUGCUUUGUGUUCAUCUCCAUUUCCAUUGUUAUAGAGCACAUCUUCCAUCUCCUCACCAACUGGCUUAAGAGCCGUCGAAAAACUGCUCUGAGUGAAGCGGUGGUCAAGCUCAAAUCAGAGUUGAUGCUGUUGGGUUUCAUUUCACUGAUGUUGGCAGUGACUCAAGAAUCUAUAUCUAAAAUCUGCAUACCCACCAAGAUUGCAGACUCUAUGCUUCCAUGUCGCAAAGAGAUUGAAUCAGAAACCAUCAAAGUGAAAGAAUAUGAGCACUUUGUGAAAAGAUUGGCUGGGAAUUGGUCAUUGUUAGCUAAAGUUCAAAGGCACCAUAGAAUAUUAGCGGAUGAUGAGGCUGAUGAAACUAGUGCAGAUUCUGAUGAUCCCUGCAGUUCAAAAGGAAAGGUUUCUUUAAUAGCAGAAGAUGGGAUCCACCAGCUUCACAUAUUCAUCUUUGUGCUAGCAGUUAUGCAAAUUGUGUACAGUGUUCUAACUAUGGCUUUGGGCAGGGCCAAGAUGAGACGCUGGAAAGCUUGGGAGAAUGAGACUCAAACAACUGAAUACCAAGUUGCUAAUGAUCCAAAUCGAUUUAGAUUUGCAAGACAAACAACAUUUGGAAGACGACACAUAACAAGUUACAAAGAAACAUCAGCAUAUUUAUGGACUAAAUGCUUUUUCAGACAAUUCUUUAAUUCAGUGGCAAAAGUUGAUUAUCUCACCUUGAGACAUGGAUUUAUCUCGGCUCACAUGUCAACAUUGAACAACAACUUCAAUUUCCAACAAUACAUACAACGAUCCCUGGACGAAGAUUUUAAGAUCGUGGUUAGCAUCAGCCCUUUAAUGUGGCUUCUAGUUGUCAUUUUCAUGUUGGUCGACGUACGUGGUUGGAAAGUAUUUGUUUGGAUAUCCUAUAUUCCACUAUUGGUGGUGCUGAUUCUGGGAACCAAACUUGAAGUCAUUGUUGAACGAAUGGCUAUGCACAUCAAUGAACAAAACAGUGUGAUUAUUGGCACCCCUCUUGUUCAACCAAAUGAUAAUCUCUUCUGGUUUGGACGCCCCCAAUUUGUUCUUACUCUCCUGCAUUAUACUCUAUUUCUGAAUGCAUUUGAACUUGCCUUCUUCAUUUGGGUUACGAUAGAAUUUGGGUUGGAUUCAUGUUACCAUGAGCACACUGUAGUCGUGGUCGCAAGGGUGGUGUUAGCGGUAACAGUUCAAGUACUUUGCAGCUACAUCACUCUUCCCCUCCAUGCACUUGUCACACAGAUGGGGUCAGAAUUCAAGAGCAAGGUAGUAGAGGAGCAAGUGGCACAAAUUAUAAAGCAAUGGCAUGAAGAAGUGAGGGAAAGAAGGAAGAAACAAGAAAAAUCUUUACAAUCUUUAAGGGAUACUUCUAAUUUGUCUGCAGACUGGAGCUUCAGAAAUAUGCGUAGUCCUACUGAAAAUUCAAGACUUGAAAACAAUUACAGUGAAAGAGAAAUCGCUCAAGUAUAAAUGCCUUAUUAACUGAGACCCUUGUGGCCUUGCUUUAUUAUAUCAACAUUGUUAAACAUAUGGAAAAAAGUAGGGGAAAAGAAGUUUAUUUUAGAAAGAAAUUUGUUUCUUUUUUCAACUCUCUUGCACUUUCUCAAGAUGUAAUCCUCUAAUAGUCAUAAUAAAUUCUCCUCAAAAGGUUUCAAAUC